AGCUAGGCGCUACCCACCCUUUCGGGCUCAGCGCAUUUAUUUUUAAGGGUCGUACCUGUCUGGAGCUCUAUCUCAUCACCAAAAUGUCUCUUGCACAAGCUCACAACACGAUAACUCGAUCUCUUCGUAAUCCCGUCUAGCACUGUGGUACAGGAUGAGCACAGAUGUCUCAUUUCCAGCCGCUGUGGCUUUGCAUGCAAGUCCUCACUAGCUCUGGCUGAGCUUGUGGGGGCCAAACAAUUGCUGCAGAACCGCUGUUGAACUCAACUUCCUCGCAGUAACAUUGUCAUACCAGUCCGGUGCUUCGAAUGGAACCUCUGUCGACCGGAUUUUGAGCAUCGUUGCCGACCCUUCAUUUGGCAAUUCUGAUUGUCUACGCAUCUAGAGGAUUAGGCCAGCCCACGAUGGGAAACAGAUUCAGCAACCUCAGUCAGAAUAUCUUUGGGCUGAUCGCUUUGAUUAUUUCAGUUGUUGCCCUCUUGACGACAGUCUUACAAGUUCUGCAGCAGUAUUUCUCGAGCGCUGAGGGAUAUCGAAGAUGUCAUAAGAGUGUGAUGGGGCUCUGGGCCAAAGGCACACAUCGAAGGCUGCGGUUCAACCAAUUUAGGAUCGAAGUCGUCUUCGAGACGCCUGUUAUAUUCGCAGCUUCCCCGGAGAACAAGAAGGGACCCGUGCAAGGCAGAGAUGUCUAUGUUAUAGAUGGCACAAAUGCAUCUUACAAAAAUACAAGAGUGUUACAACCCAAAGCUCAACGGCAAGCUGAUAACGACGCAAAGCAUGUCCACACCGCAGAUGACGAACGGGCUUCUUGGGUCACCCUUCUAUCCACGCUGCAGGAAGAGGAGAGUGAGUCCAGAGAAUGGGACUUCAUGCAGCGGUUAACACCAAAGUCACCCCCAAGACGAGCCACACCACCAGCACCAAAAUAUAAAAUUGCCGUUGCUGUGCAGAGCAAGACCCGAUCUUGGGAUUUUAUACCACCUUCGAUCACGAAACCAUAUGCUACCUCCGCCAUAUGCCAUCUGGUAGAAUUGAUGUCCAUGCUCGGCCUCUAUUGGAAGACUUUCGACCAACUGAAUUGGAAUCUGAGGGCAGAGGGAAAUGGGUUCAUCCUGACAUCACAACACGUCCAUGGACUUGGAGUUGUGGUAGUCUUUGCCACUACUGGGAAAUCGAGAUUUCAAGAGAAUAGGGUUAUACCCUGCGCUGAAAUUAAGGAACUGUCCUUCGGAACAGUGCCCAACAUAUUUGAGAACGAAAAAUAUCUGAACCAGUCUGUCGAAAAUCAAAGUUUGGAUCUAGUUUUUGGCUCACUGGAAGAUGAAAUCAAUACGCUGGAAUCCUUGGGAUGUCAAGCAGCAACUCUGAAGAGAUGGCAGAAGGACCAUAAACACAUUUUCUCAGUCGCUUUUGAAAUCGUUGGAAUGUUAGGACAAGUUGUUCGAAUACGCGGCAGCAGCUUCAGAAUGAUACCAAAUCCUACCAGCGAUCAAUGGUCAAAGAAAGUCGGGCACAAGGCGUCAUGGAAAGUCACACGGCUCAUGGAAGUUUUCCAGUCCAAACUUUUGGACAUCAUAAACGACAGAAAGCUACCCGGCACACAUCGCAUAUGCAUCAUUCAUGCCCAAUGGCUCAAGAUUACGGAGCUGGAUUGUACCAACGAAGCAGAGCUCAGCCUUGAGGUCAAGGAAGCAAUACACGAUGCUCUUGACAACACCACCGAGUUCCUUCUUGAUCUCCGUCAACUCGACAUCCUCAGCGUGCUCGUCGCCCACGUCACUAAAGUGAUUGAAAUUCUGGUGGAUCCACAAUCCCCAUUAAAUACCAUUGUCCUUGCCAACAAAGAAAAUGCAUUGCUCGAUUACUACUUCUCAAAAAUCCGACCGGAGGUCAUAGACUACAAAGAAAAGAAAGGAACACCAGUUCCAGUUCCCACCAACGCGAAAGAGAAGGAAGAUAGGGAGAUCAUUUGGAUAUCGCUGAUAUAUAGAAUGUUGUGUUGGUUUUUAUUGCAUGAUUUCGAUAAGCAGGACAUCAAGAUUGUUCCGUCUGAUUUGAAAGGAUCGAGAAUGCCUAUAUAUAUUGGUUGAGAGACUGCGAAUACCCUAUUGUUUAGCACUUAACGGCCUAGGAGGGGUUACAUUUGUCAUUUUAGGGCGUUCAGAUAGCGAGCAUUGUGAUUUUGACAGAGAGAUAUGUUGACGGCUUUAUGCUGGACAGUCAUCCUACGCAUGACACCAAGUUGCAACAAGGACAUUGGAAACUCGUGAGUUAUAGAUACCGAUUUGAGGAUUGUAUAUAUGAGAAUAGGAAAACCGUAAAUUCUUCC